AUGGCGUACCGCGCAAUUCGACCGGCUUCCAAUCUCUACUCUAUUUGCCGCUCCCUAGGCUCUAACGCGCCGCGGACUCAAGGACUAUUAGCACAAAUCUCGGCAUUGCAGACAAUGAGCAACCAGUCCCUGUUCCUCCAACGACGAACCUUUGCAUCUUCAACUCCGAAUUCCACACCAGCAACCAUAUCCACCACCGAUGCCCUCGUCCAGGCCGCCCAGGACCGCCGCACGAUCUAUAAUCUCGGUAAAAACAGCCCCGUCACCGACUCCAAGAUCGAGGAGUUGGUCAAUGCCGCCAUCCUGCACGUCCCCAGCUCGUUCAACACCCAGUCCACCCGCCUAGUGGUCCUGCUGCGCGAGGAGCACGAAAAGCUGUGGGAUAUCACCAUCGAGACCUUCAAGGGCCUCGUCCGCUCUGGAAAGGUGCCUGAUGCGGUAUUCCAGAACCAGACUCUGCCUAAACUGCAGGGCUUCCAGGCCGCCUACGGCACUGUCCUUUUCUACGAAGACCCCGCCCAUAUCAAGCCCUUCCAGGAGAAGUUCGCCCUCUACAAGGACCACUUCGAGCUCUGGGCCGAGCACUCGAACGCCAUGCACCAGUACUUCCUCUGGACGGGCCUUGAAACUCUCGGCUUCAGCGCCAACCUGCAGCACUACAACCCGCUCAUCAACGCCCCCGUCGCACAGCACUGGAACCUGCCGUCCGAGUGGCGCUUGACCUCACAGCUGGUCUUCGGCAGCCCUGAGGCGGCGGCCGGCGAGAAGGACCAGAAGCCGGUUGAGGAGCGUGUCAAGAUCUUCGGCAAGCAGUAA